AUGGCAACGGUAGCGAAAACGGCAAAAAGCAUUGGUGAACUAAGGAUUCCCGAAUUGAAAGCCAUAUUGCAGAAGAGAAGGCUGCCCACAACCGGGAACAAAACUGAUUUGAUUAACCGAUUGCAAGAAGCCGAUCCACACGCAGAUUGGGUGCAAGAGAGUGAAUUGUUGGAGUCAAGUAUCAGGGAGACGGAUAUAUCGGUUGACAGACGAUGUUCAAAUAUAGGUGAAAGUGCUAGCUCAGACCGAAAUCUUGCCACGAAUGAGCAGUUGUUGCGAGAAAUCGAAUUGAUGGAAAGGGAACGACAGCUCAUGCAGAGAGAGUUGAGAAUCGCUGAACGAGAGAUUGAAAUCCUGCGUGCUACGCCACCCUCAAGUAACGUUACAGCGACAGAAACACGGACAAGGAUAGGUUUAAAAGCAGUUUCUGAAUUGUUGAAAGAUUUCGAUGGGUCAGACGGAUCGUCAUUCCAAACGUGGGAAAGCGAAGUUAAAUUGUUAAUUGAGUCGUAUGAAUUGGAUGCAAAUGCGGCAAAAAUAUUGAUAGGAACGCGGUUAAAAGGAAAUGCGUCGGUAUGGUACCAUUCUCGCCCAGAGCAUUUGAGGAUGAGUGCCACUGAACUAUUGGUUGAAAUGAGCAAGAUCUUCGACAGACGACAAAGUAGAUUAAAAUUACGAAGGCAGUUCGAAGAACGGAAAUGGCGAACGGACGAGGAAUUCAGCGCAUAUGUGCAUGAAAAGGUUAUUUUUGGAAACCUGGUAUCGGUGGACAAGGAAGAACUUUUGGAAUACGUUAUCGAUGGCAUCCCGGAUAUUCAACUACGGAAUCAGGCAAGGUUACAACGAUUCAACACUACCAUCGCAUUGUUGACCGCUUUCGAGGGUAUCAGCUUAGCGGACAGAACAGAACGAGUGGAGACCGUAUCCAUGAGGAGCUUGCAGAAGGAGAAGAAAAUCCCGCCGCCGUCAGGAGUGGCUGCAGCGAGUGCGAGGAAUCGGGACGCAUCGCAAGCGGGAAUCAGGUGUUUCAAUUGUAGUAAGUAUGGACACAAGUCUACAGAGUGCAAGUUACCCAGACGUGAAAAGGGCGCGUGUUUUAAAUGUGGCGAAAAGGGACACUUGAUUUAUGAUUGUAAAGACAGGCAAAAAUCCGCGCACAUUAAUUGUGUACAGAAUAGCUUAAGAGUAGGAAAUACUUUCGAAAAGACAAUUGUAUUUGAAAGAAAGGGCAUGGGCGCCGAAAUACGAGUAAAAUUAGAUACGCUAAUUGAUACCGGUAGUUCGAUUACGCUGAUAAAAGAAAAGUUUAUACCGAAUGCAUUGAUCGAUCGGUCAAAAGUUAAUGGUGAUACCUAUUGUGGAAUUAACGGAAGUAAACUAAAUGUAUUGGGGGUAGUAGUUGUCGAUGUACAUUACAACAGAGUAGUGUUAGAAGAUGCGCGUGUUUACGUCGUCCCAGAGAAUACGAUGACCACUUCCGCUAUUUUAGGUCGAGAUUGUAUUGAUAAGUUUAAAUUAAAGUUAACUGAUCCGAUUGCAGACGAAGAUCAAAACGAUUGUAUCUCAGAGAUCUUAAAAAUUGAUGUUAUGGAAUCCGGUGUUGAUUUAACUGAAUCGUUAAGCGUAAAUUCGGAGAUAACGAACGCGGAUAGAUUCAAGUUAGAAAAGUUAUUUGAAACAGAGUAUGUUUUCGCGAGGCGACCGGAAGAGCCUCAAUGUAAAGCAGAAUUAAAGUUACAGGUAAAAGAUGUACAACCAUUUACUUUUUCUCCAAGGCGUCUGUCAUUUUCGGAGAAAGGGCAGUUGAGAAAAAUCUUGGAUAAUUUAAUUGAAAAAAAGGUUAUUCGCUCCAGCGAAUCGGAAUUUGCGUCGCCAAUUGUUAUGGUUCGGAAAAAGAACGGCGAGCACCGAAUGUGCAUCGAUUAUAGAACCUUGAAUAAGUACAUAGCCCGUGAUAAUUAUCCAAUUCCUAUAAUUGAAGAUCAAUUGAAUGUGUUGAAAGAUAAGAAAUAUUUUAGUAGUUUAGAUCUUAAAGAUGGUUUCUUUCAUAUAAGCAUGUCCGCGGAGUCAAUCAAAUAUACAGCAUUUACAACGCCUUUUGGACAAUUUGAAUUUUUAAGAAUGCCGUUCGGAUUAAAGCCGGCCCCGACAAGAUUUCAGCGUUAUGUAAACGAGGUGAUAAGUGAUUUGAUUCGCUCCGGUGACGUGGUGGUGUACAUCGAUGAUUUUUUAAUUGCAACUGAGACGAUCGAGCAUCAUUUUAGCGUAUUGAAGCGUGUAUUUAGAAUAUUAGUUAAUAAUAAGCUUGAUCUAAGAUUGGAUAAGUGUAAAUUUUUAAACACCAAAAUCGAAUACUUAGGCUAUGUGAUCACUGCAGAAGGUAUUAAACCCACAGAAUCUGGUAUUGAAGAGUAA